GCGCCGCCGCCGCUCCCGCAGCGCUCCCGGGGCGCUCCCGGGGCGCCGCCGCGGCGCGGCCCGAGACUGGACUUUGUCAUUCUUUUCAUGAAAGAGGUUUCCAAGUAGUUGUCUUAUAAUAACUUUGAGAAGAAGUUUUAUGUAGCUCUUACUUCCAAGAGUGCUGCAAAAAUGAUUACUUCAGAUUUGCCAGUACUACAGGAUUCUACAAAUGAAACUACUGCACAUUCAGAUGCUGGCAGUGAGCUUGAAGAAGCAGAAGUCAAAGGAAAAAGAAAAAGGGGCCGUCCCGGCAGGCCUCCAGUUUUCUUUGCCCAGUCUGCCACGAAGAAACCCCGGAAGUCCCCAGCGGACAAGGGGCGUUCUGAUGCUGGAGCUCGAGGAGCAAGUCGUGGGAGAGCCAACGGCCACCCGCAGCAGAAUGGAGAGGGGGACCCUGUCACCUUGUUCGAGGUGGUUAAGCUGGGAAAGAGUGCUAUGCAGUCUGUGGUGGACGACUGGAUUGAAUCAUAUAAACAAGACAGGGACAUAGCACUUCUGGAUUUAAUCAACUUCUUUAUCCAGUGUUCAGGAUGUCGAGGUACGGUAAGAAUUGAAAUGUUCAGGAACAUGCAAAAUGCAGAAAUCAUAAGGAAAAUGACAGAAGAAUUUGAUGAGGACAGUGGUGAUUAUCCCCUGACCAUGCCUGGGCCUCAGUGGAAGAAGUUCCGCUCCAACUUCUGCGAGUUCAUCGGGGUGCUGAUCCGGCAGUGCCAGUACAGCAUCAUCUACGACGAGUACAUGAUGGACACGGUGAUCUCGCUGCUCACCGGCCUCUCCGACUCGCAGGUCCGCGCCUUCCGGCACACCAGCACGCUGGCUGCUAUGAAGCUUAUGACUGCUCUUGUGAAUGUUGCCUUAAACCUGAGCAUUCAUCAGGACAAUACACAGAGGCAGUAUGAAGCUGAGAGAAACAAAAUGAUUGGCAAAAGAGCUAAUGAAAGAUUGGAGCUGCUGCUUCAGAAAAGAAAAGAGCUACAAGAAAACCAAGAUGAAAUCGAAAAUAUGAUGAACUCUAUUUUUAAGGGUAUAUUUGUUCAUAGAUACCGUGAUGCUAUUGCUGAGAUUAGAGCUGUCUGUAUUGAAGAAAUUGGUGUCUGGAUGAAAAUGUACAGUGAUGCCUUCCUGAAUGAUAGUUAUUUAAAAUAUGUUGGUUGGACACUACAUGACAGGCAAGGUGAAGUGAGGUUGAAGUGUUUGAAAGCUCUUCAGAGUCUGUAUACCAACAGAGAGUUGUUUCCCAAACUGGAGCUGUUCACAAAUAGAUUCAAGGACCGCAUUGUGUCCAUGACCCUGGACAAGGAGUACGACGUCGCUGUGGAAGCCAUUCGAUUGGUCACGCUCAUCCUCCAUGGGAGUGAGGAGGCUCUGUCCAAUGAAGACUGUGAGAAUGUUUAUCACCUGGUGUACUCAGCACACCGGCCUGUGGCAGUAGCAGCUGGGGAAUUCCUCCACAAAAAGCUGUUCAGCAGACAUGAUCCCCAAGCUGAAGAGGCUCUAGCAAAGAGGAGGGGGCGAAAUAGCCCAAAUGGAAACCUAAUUAGAAUGUUGGUUCUUUUCUUUCUUGAAAGUGAGUUGCAUGAACAUGCAGCCUAUUUGGUGGACAGCUUGUGGGAGAGCUCUCAAGAACUGCUGAAAGACUGGGAAUGUAUGACAGAAUUGCUCUUGGAGGAGCCAGUCCAAGGAGAAGAAGCGAUGUCGGACCGGCAGGAGAGCGCUCUGAUCGAGCUCAUGGUGUGCACCAUCCGACAGGCUGCCGAGGCACAUCCCCCCGUGGGCAGGGGCACCGGCAAGAGGGUCCUGACCGCAAAAGAAAGAAAAACUCAGAUAGACGACAGAAAUAAAUUGACUGAGCAUUUCAUUAUUGCACUUCCCAUGCUGCUAUCAAAGUAUUCCGCUGACGCCGAGAAGGUUGCAAACCUCCUGCAAAUCCCUCAGUACUUUGACCUGGAAAUCUACAGCACAGGCAGAAUGGAGAAGCAUCUGGAUGCCUUAUUGAAGCAGAUUAAGUUUGUUGUGGAAAAGCAUGUGGAAUCAGAUGUUUUGGAAGCCUGCAGCAAAACCUACAGCAUCCUCUGCAGUGAGGAAUACACCAUCCAGAACAGAGUUGACAUAGCCCACAGCCAACUUAUUGAUGAAUUUGUGGAUCGAUUUAACCAUUCUGUUGAGGAUCUGCUGCAGGAGGGAGAAGAAGCUGAUGAUGAUGACAUAUACAAUGUGCUCUCCACACUGAAGAGGUUGACAUCUUUUCACAAUGCUCAUGAUCUGACCAAAUGGGAUCUGUUCAGUAACUGCUACAGAUUGCUGAGAACUGGAAUUGAACAUGGAGCUAUGCCAGAACAGAUCGUUGUCCAGGCACUGCAGUGUUCCCACUACUCUAUUCUCUGGCAGCUGGUAAAAAUCACUGAGGGCUCCCCUUCCAAAGAGGACUUGUUGGUAUUGAGGAAAACUGUGAAAUCCUUCCUGGCUGUCUGCCAGCAGUGUCUAUCAAAUGUCAACACUCCAGUCAAAGAACAGGCUUUCAUGCUGCUCUGUGAUCUCCUGAUGAUUUUUAGUCACCAGCUGAUGACGGGAGGUCGAGAAGGGCUCCAACCUUUGGUGUUCAAUCCAGACUCAGGCCUCCAGUCAGAACUUCUCAGUUUUGUCAUGGAUCAUGUGUUUAUUGACCAAGAUGAUGAAAAUCAGAGCAUGGAGGGAGAUGAAGAGGAUGAAGCCAACAAAAUAGAAGCUUUACAUAAGAGAAGAAACCUUCUGGCUGCCUUUAGCAAGCUGAUAAUUUAUGACAUUGUGGACAUGCAUGCAGCAGCAGAUAUCUUCAAACACUAUAUGAAGUACUACAAUGACUACGGAGAUAUCAUUAAGGAAACCCUGAGCAAAACCAGGCAAAUAGAUAAAAUCCAGUGUGCAAAGACACUCAUUCUCAGCUUGCAACAGCUGUUCAAUGAGCUUGUUCAGGAGCAAGGUCCCAACCUGGACAGGACAUCUGCCCAUGUAAGUGGCAUUAAGGAGCUGGCCCGGCGGUUUGCCCUCACUUUUGGCUUGGAUCAGAUCAAGACAAGAGAGGCUGUGGCCACACUACACAAAGAUGGCAUAGAGUUUGCCUUCAAAUACCAGAAUCAGAAAGGACAAGACUAUCCACCUCCUAACCUUGCUUUCCUGGAAGUGCUUAGUGAAUUUUCUUCCAAACUCCUGCGACAGGACAAAAAGACUGUGCACACCUACUUGGAGAAGUUCCUGACAGAGCAGAUGAUGGAGAGACGAGAGGACGUGUGGCUGCCGCUGAUCUCGUACCGGAACUCGCUGGUGACGGGCGGCGAGGACGACAGGAUGUCGGUGAACAGCGGCAGCAGCAGCAGCAAGGCCUCCUCCGUGAGGAACAAGAAGGGCCGACCCCCCCUCCACAAAAAGAGAGUGGAAGAUGAGAGCCUGGAAGGCUCCUGGCUGAACAGGAAUGAGAACAUCCAUACUCCAGGGACACUGCAGACACCUCAGCUCACCUCCACUGUCCUGAGAGAGAACACCAGACAAAUGGGAGAGCAGAUCCAGGAGCAUGAGUCGGAGCAGGGAUCUGAACAGGAUUUUUUACACAAUCCCCAGAUGCAGAUCUCGUGGCUGGGCCAGCAGAAGCUGGAGGAUCUCAAUCGAAAGGACAGGACAGGAAUGAACUACAUGAAAGGCAGAAGUGGCGUAAGGCACGCAGUACGAGGUCUAAUGGAAGAUGACGCUGAGCCCAUCUUUGAAGAUGUAAUGAUGUCCUCACGAGGCCAGCUAGAAGACAUGAAUGAAGAAUUUGAGGACACAAUGGUCAUUGAUCUGCCGCCGUCGCGGAACCGGCGCGAGCGCGCGGAGCUGCGGCCGGACUUCUUCGACUCGGCGGCGAUCAUCGAGGACGAUUCAGGAUUUGGCAUGCCCAUGUUCUGAAGUCUGGCGAAGACCUUUUACAAACUUGGAACUCUAUUGUUUAGAGCUAGAGGCCUAUAUACUGUGAUAGCUUGUAUGAAAACCACAUUUUUGAUGUGAUACGGUUUGAUUUUUAACCAAAUGAUUGAGGUCAACCCCUUGGUGUAGUGACGGAGAGAAGAGGAGCUUCUUAAUGACACACGGGAAUGUUGGCCAAUCCAGUCACCUCAGAAGGGCUGACCUAAAAAAUCAUUUGUAUCCCUGUUCUUGACUGUCCUAAUACGGAUUUUUUUUUUCUGGAUGAGGAGGAAGUUUUAAAUUGUUAAGACAGCUGUCAAAAUAAACACUGUUCUACAUAUGUUUUCUGAAAACAACAUUGAGUGAAAACAGAACUUUUUUAACUUUAUUUUUCUGCUGUACAAUUUAAAACAGUUUUAACAUUUGCCUUUUUAUGUUUUCAAAGCUAGCCAUUUUUAUUAAACCUAUGCCUAUCAGCCACUGACUAGCAAGGCUGCUGUAAGCAGGUCGUUCUGGCUACGGAAAAGUGUUUUGGAACACACUGGAUUUGAUUAACAUUAUGGUACGCUUAUGUCCUCUCAUAGGCAUGGAGAAGAACACUCUCAGAGAAGAGGUUAGAAUUCUAAUGACGUGCAUCUCUGCCAAAAAAUUUCAGAUUCUGAUAUGAUAAACCCAGAUUUUAUACUCUUGAGAAGAUUUAUUUUUAUUUAUAAUGGGACAUAAAGUAAGAGAUGUCCAUGAAGCCACUUUUCCAACAGAUGCUGUGUAACAUUCAUUUUAUAUAGCACAUGGGGACACAAAACCAGUAAAUUUUCUAUUGGUACUUGCUCUGUGCAUUUUUAGCAACUUAUACCAGCAAAUAAAGUAUUCUCAGUAAAACACACAAA